AUAAAGAACAUGUCACAUUUGUUUGCAAUAGUUUUAAGUCUAUUUUCACUGGUGAGAGGACAAGGAGUUCUACCCAAUGGAGACCCUUUUUUUUGCGUACCUCCUGGGAUAUGUCCUUAUUCUGGAGGAAUCGAUCCAAGAAUCAUGACUCCAACUGGAACCAAUAUUCCUGGUGUAGUCACUUGUCCAGCAGGAUUGGUACCUUGCUAUGCACAAGGAAGCAUGAGCAAUUGUGGUUUGCGAUUGGUCAGGACCCCAGUAGUAACCGACGGUGAUGCACCUUUCGGAGCAUUUCCUUGGCAAGCUUUUCUGGUUGGAGGUGAUGGAAACUACAUUGGAAGCGGAUCUUUGAUAAGCCCUUACCAUAUUUUGACAGCCUCUCACAAAGUUUUGUUAUACAAUCUAACAAAUCCAUCACAGUUGACAGUGAUAAUGGGAGUGAACGAUCCAGCAAGGAUUAACGCAAGCAAUCCAACAUCUAGAGCAGCUCAGAUAUUCAUAUUCAAUGAAACAACGUACAACAAUUCUACGUUGAAGAAUGACAUCGCCAUUGUGAGACUAGCAAGACCGAUUAGUUUGAUAGGGCAAACAUCAGUCAACACCAUUUGCCUACCACAAGCUUCAUCGAAUGCAACAACCUAUAUGAGACCCCAAAGAUGUUUGGUCUCUGGAUGGGGUCAAAUUCAGCCAAACAACAUGGCCGUUCCAACUAAACUGAAGCAAGUAACGCUCUCAACGACAGAUAUCAACACUUGUGCAAGAGGCUUCGCAGGUACAGUAAACACGGCAGUAUACUUGGAUCAAACAGGUGGACAGUUGUGCGCUGGUGGUGAAGCACAAAAAGAUGCGUGUUUUCAAGACGGUGGGGCGCCCCUUACUUGUGGAGCUGGAACGACUGCAUCAAGGUAUACGGUAGCAGGAAUAGUAAUCUGGGGAAAGAGCUGCGGUCAACCUGGAAUGUUUGGAGUUUAUACUAAUGUGCCAGUUUAUAGAAGGUGGAUACUACGAGUGAUCACGCAGAGAAUAGCAUGAAUCCGAAUUAUCAAGACUUAAAAAAAGUUAAAUGUUUAUUUUUGUUAUUUUUUGUGAUUGACUUGAUGGUAAAAAUGAUAAUAAAAUUUCAUUUCAAAAAUUAAACUGAUGCAACAGAGACAGAAAAACGAUAACAUCACAUGGAAAAUUAA